AUGUCCUCGAACUUGUAUUACACAAAUAAAUACAGAUGUAAUCACGAUGAUGGUCUAUUUUAUUUCAUAUUACAUAGUACUUCAAUAUCCGGUCUGAAGAAGUGCUGUCCUCUAAGGGGAUAUGCGGUAAUUCAAAUCGCUACCGUGAAUCAUCAAUGUAAUUGCUGUGAUCGAUCAUACGAGUAUCCGAUUAUAAAUCAAUCAUAUCCGUUCCAGAUUGGUCUUAACUCUAUUUGCGAGGACGGAUAUUGCGGAGAAAUUGGUUCAUUCUUAGAUCUUGCUAUUCACGAGGAUAAAAUAAGAUUGGUAAAUACGAUUCAUGUUUAUUUUCAACUGUAUACAACGAGAGAAGAUUUGGACACAAAUUCGAUUAAAAUUGACGAACCCAACGCUAGUUCGAUUGAAAACGACGAUUGCAGUCUUUCAAGUGACCUCGAACGAAUUCGCGUGGAUGAAGAUUUCAGCGAUGUGACUAUCUCGGUGAAAGGUAAAAAUUAUCCGGCUCAUAAAUUGAUUUUAGCCGCGCGCAGUUCAGUUUUCAAAGCCAUGUUCAAAAAUGAUAUGCAAGAAAGCCAGACAAAUCACAUUACGAUCACAGAUAUGGAACAAGAAAUAUUCGAAGAAAUGUUACAAUACAUUUACACUGGAAAGAUGCCUAAUUUGCACGAAUGGGCCUUUGAAUUACUCCCCGCUGCGGAUAAAUAUGACCUGGAAGGAUUGAAAAACGCGUGUGAACGACUUUUGCUCACAAAAAUAUCAGCAGAAAAUGCAUGCAAGAUUUUAGUGCUGGCUGAUAUGCAUAAUGCUGAAGAAUUAAAGGCACAUGCUCUACGAUUUAUCAAAGAGAAUCCUGCCAAUUUCGAGACAGAGAUAUGGAAUGUAUUGACCGAAUCUCGUCCUGGUUUGAUGAAAGAUAUGCUAGCUAUGUUUUUAAAGAAGUAA